UGCCGCUGCCCCCGUGCCCCGGCCCCUUGCUAGCAGGGUCCCCCCGGUGCUCUCCCCCUCUCCUCCGUCCCCGCUCGCUCCCCGUUCCCCCCGGCACCAUGCGCGGACGGCUGCGGGCGGCGGCUUGCGAGGCUGCGGUGCCGGCUCGGAUGCCCCCUUCCUCCUGCCCUCGCCCGCUCCAGGCGACCCGCUGAGAGAUGGACUUGGCAGGCGUGCUGCUGGCGUUGCUCCUCGUGCUGGUGCUAGUCGUCUCCCUGCUCUCCAACCUCCUGGUGCUGCUAUGCUUCGUCUACAGUACGGAGAUCCGCAAGCAGGUCGCCGGGGUUUUCCUGGUGAACUUAUCCUUUUGCAACCUGCUCCUCACCGUCCUGAACAUGCCUUUCACCCUGCUGGGGAUCCUGAGGAACCAGCAGCCCCUCGGGGGCUGCGUCUGCAAAGCGGUGGGUUUCCUGGAAACUUUCCUCACUUCCAACACGAUGCUGAGCAUGGCAGCGCUCAGCAUCGACAAGUGGAUUGCCGUGGUGUUCCCCUUGAGCUACACCAGCAAGAUGCGGUAUAAGGACGCUGUGAUACUGAUGGGCUACUCGUGGCUCCACUCCCUCACCUUCCCCUUGGUAUCCUUAUUUUACUCGUGGGUAGAUUACAGCAGCGUUUAUGCCUCUUGCACCUUGCACCUGAAGGAAGAGACGGAGCGGAGACGCUUUACGGUGUUCACCAUCGUCUUUCACUCCACCAGCUUCAUGCUGUCGCUGGUGAUCUUGUGUUUCACCUAUUUAAAGGUGUUGAAAGUUGCUCGGUUCCACUGCAAGCGGAUAGACAUUAUUACCAUGCAGACUCUGGUUUUGCUGGUGGACAUCCAUCCCAGUGUGAAGCAGCGCUGUCUCAACGAGCAGAAACGGAGGAGGCAGCGGGCUACCAAGAAAAUCAGUAUUUUUAUAGGGUCGUUCGUGAUCUGUUUUGGUCCUUACAUUAUCACCAGGUUGAUAGAGCUCCUUCCUUUUGUUACCAUAAACUACUACUGGGGAAUUAUAAGCAAGUGCCUCACCUACAGUAAGGCUGCAUCAGAUCCAUUUGUUUACUCACUUUUACGUCAACAGUAUAAAAAAGUUCUGAUCAACAUCGUCAAUAGGAUACUUAAGAGGGAUCUGUAUCCAUCAUCAGGGUACAACAGCUCUCUCGACACUGAAAAUGAUUACUGCUUGCACAGAACAAACUAACAACAUGGUAAGCAUUCCCCUUCGAAUGAGACAGGCCUCUGACACGGCUGGAAAGCUGCCUUUUCCCUCUCAUGCUGACAGUGAUGACAGUGUCUGCAGGGUGUGGAAGCUGCAUUAAAGAAAUGCAACGUCUUUGUGGACUUUCCUGAAAGGCUCUUCCCUCAUCUGCAGCUAGUGCGAUGUAAGGUAAGGCCUUGCCCCUGAGUGAAUGGAGUAGGCUUGAGGGGCUUAAGAGAGCUUUUGGAGGCUUUAGAGAAGCUUAGAGGGAGCUUUUAAUAUUUUGAGUCUGAAGACUUGGUAUUUCUCGGAGCAUCCUGCAUCAGAUGUAAUAACGCACCGUCUUCUGGGACCACAGGAAUCCCCAGCUUGGAAGAA